AGGCGGAGGCCGGGCGGUCAGCGGUGAGGGCACUUCCCGUGUUGAGCAGGUCUGAAGCAAAGCAUGAUGAGAGACGGUGUGCGGCAGGGCGAGGGGAACGCCCUGCUGAAGGCCGUGUUCCAGGGGAAGCUGCGGCUGGCGCGGCUGCUGCUGGAGGGCGGGGCUUAUAUCAACGAGGGAAACGAGCGCGGAGAGACGCCGCUCACCGCCGCCUGCCUGGCGAGCUACGACGACCCACAGGCACGGCUCAAGAUGGUGAGGUACCUGCUGGAGAAAGGCGCCGACCCAAACAUCCCCGACAAGAGCGGCCGCACGGCUCUGAUGCACGCGUGCGCGGAGCGGGCGGGGCAGGACGUGGUGCUGCUGCUGCUGGACAACGGUGCCGACCCCAGCCUCAAAGACUACGCGGGCGCUUCGGCGCUCGUGCACGCCAUUAACACGGGCGCCCGCGAGACCUUGCAGGUGCUGCUGGACGCCUGCAAGGCCAAGGGCCAAGAGGUCAUCAUCAUCACCAGCAACACCUCGCCGUCCGGCACCAAGAAGACCAAACAGUACCUCAACUCGCCGCCCUCUGAGGGCUUGGACAAGCACUCGCUGGCGUGCAUGUCGCCGUCCGACGUGGAGAUCGGCACCGACUCACCGGCCGCGGGAGACGAACGCAAAGACGGGGAGAGCUUCUUUAGCUUCGCGCUCACGUCGGCGUUACCGUUACCGUCUGCUCGGCCGCCUGGCGAGAAGCGUCCGGCCCCAGCGCAGAAGCUUCUGAAGCGGCUGAACUCGGAGCCCUGGGGGCUUGUGGCGCCCUCUGUGCUGGGCGCCGUUCCCCGGGAGGAGGGGGCCGCUCUGAGCCAGACCAUCGCCGAGAUCAACGGUCUGUCCAUCGCAGAACCGCUGACGCCCGGGCGGCCGCUGUUGUCACGGCGACACAGCAUCGAGACACACGACCCCUGCUCGCCAAAACUCAUGGACCGGUCCGUGUCGGAGGACUACGCAGCGGCGCUCGCUGGCGCCUCCUGGGCCGACAAGGUGCAGCAGCACCAGAUCCUGUACCGUAGGAACACGGCGCCAGAGUCGCAGGAGAAUGCCGCUGCCCGUCUCGCUCACCCCAAACUGACCCGCAUGGAGCACUACGAGUCCGACACGCACCUGUCCCCUGACUCCAUCCCCGGCUCGCCGGACUCUGGACGUGUGUCCGUGGAGCGCAGAAGGUAUAACGCCUCCCCGCUGUGCCUGCUCCCUGGCUCUUCCCGGGAGUCUCUGGAGAACAUCCCGGCCUCCGUGUCGCCGCUCGCUGUGCGGCGGCGUCCCCCGGGGCUCCUGGAGCGCCGCGGCUCUGGGACGCUCCUAUUGGAUCACAUCUCCCACACGCGGCCGGGCUUCCUGCCGCCGCUCAACAUCAACCCGCAGAGACCCAUCCCCGACAUCCGCGCCUCGCCCAGCCACGGCGCCGCCAGCGGGAAGAUCCUGGUCCCGGUGGCGCCCGCCUCGCCCAAACGCGGCCCCGACUUCAAGAUGAAGAAGAAGCUGAUGAGGAGACACUCGAUGCAGACGGAGCAGAUGAAGCAGCUCUCCACCUUCCAGGAAAUCCUCGCCGAGAAGGUCAGCGAGGCCAACGAUUGACGACAGGAGGAGCGGGAGCAAGGCAUCAUGGGUAGCUGCAGAGACCUGUAGGGUUAGGUUCAUUCACUGGAGUAAAGCAUCAUGGGUAGCUGCAGAGACCUGUAGGGUCAUUCACUGGAGCAAAGCAUCAUGGGUAGCUGCAGAGACCUUUAGGGUCAUUCACUUUGAAGCUUCUCCAGAUCUGAUAUUGAUUGAUAAAAUCCUGAGAUGGAUCUUUUAACAGUCUCCGUUUUAAAGCUAUUCUUUUGUGAUAAUUAUGAUUUCCAAUUGAUGACAGAUGUUUAGACCUUCUGUGAUCUCAUGGCUUGAUAAUAGUAAAUGAUGACAGAUGUUUAGACCUUCUGUGAUCUCAUGGCUUGAUAAUAGUAAACAGAGCUUUAGCUGCUGACCCCCUAUGGUUAGGCUUAAGGCUGAAUUAUGCUUCUGCGUUAAUAGUCCACUGUGGCUACGUACGUAGGUAUGUGGAGAACACCAAUCCUAACAUGUAGCCUGACAUCACUCCCGAAAGAAUGUCACAAAACGUUGCGGUGAUGCCAUGGCCGAGCGGCGUUGCAUUCCCCCCCGAGUCAUUU